AUGGCUACCCUCGCCGCCCAGCCCACCGCCGCCCAGCAGGCCCGCCAGCGCGGCGUCUCCUCCAUCGACUUCAAGUCGGCUACCACCGGCGUCGCAGCCAAGACCAUGCGCAACGAGCUCAACCGCAUGGUCGGCGGCGUCACCGACCCCGCCAAGCGCAAGAUCGUGAGCGCCGAGAUGGACAGCUUCUUCCUCCUGUUCAACCGCUACCUCACCGAGAAGGCCAAGGGCGAGAAGAUCGACUGGGAGAAGAUCCAGCCCCCCAAGCCCGAGCAGGUCCGCCCUUACAAGGUGCUGCCGGAUGUCAACCCCUCGAUCCUGAGCAAGCUUGCCGUCCUCAAGCUCAACGGUGGUCUCGGCACCACCAUGGGCUGUGUUGGUCCCAAGUCGAUCAUUGAGGUUCGCGAGGGCAUGACCUUCCUCGACCUCUCGGUCCGUCAGAUUGAGCACCUGAACGAAAAGUACAACGUCAACGUCCCCUUCAUCCUCAUGAACUCGUUCAACACCGACGACGACACUGCCCGCAUCAUCCAGAAGUACCAGAACCACAACAUCAACAUUCUCACCUUCAACCAGUCCAAGUACCCCCGUGUUGACAAGGAGUCGCUCCUCCCUUGCCCCGACAGCGCCGCCGCCGACAAGGCCAACUGGUACCCUCCCGGACACGGUGACAUUUACGAUGCCCUCACCAACUCUGGUCUCUUGGACCAGCUCAUUGCUGCCGGCAAGGAGUACAUCUUCAUCUCCAACGUCGACAACCUCGGCGCCGUUGUUGACCUGAACAUUUUCCAGACCAUGAUCGACGCUCAGGCCGAGUACGUCAUGGAGGUCACCGACAAGACCAAGGCCGACAUUAAGGGUGGUACCAUUAUCGACUACGAGGGCAAGCCCCGUCUCCUCGAGGUCGCCCAGGUGCCCAAGGACCACCUUGACGAGUUCUGCUCGACUCGCAAGUUUAAGAUCUUCAACACCAACAACAUCUGGGUCAACCUCAAGGCCAUCAAGCGCGUCAUGGACAAUGACGAGCUCAACCUCGAGAUCAUUGUCAACAACAAGGUCACCGACAAGGGCCAGGCCGUCAUCCAGCUCGAGACCGCCAUCGGUGCUGCCAUCAAGCACUUUGACUCGGCCAUUGGCAUCAACGUCCCCCGCUCCCGUUUCCUGCCCGUCAAGUCGUGCUCGGACCUCCUCCUCAUCAAGUCGUCCCUGUAUAACCUCCAGCACGGUGUCCUCACCAUGGACAAGACCCGCGAGUUUGGCGGCACCCCCGUCGUCAAGCUCGGCGACGACUUUAAGAAGGUUGCCAACUUUGAGAAGCGCUUCAAGUCGAUCCCGGACAUCAAGGAGCUCGACCACCUCACCGUCUCGGGCAACGUGUGGUUUGGCAAGGGCAUCCGCCUUGCGGGCACCUGCAUCUUCGUCGCCACCGAGGGCAACAAGAUCAUGAUCCCCGACGGCACCAACCUCGAGAACAAGCUCAUCACCGGCAACCUCUCCAUCAUCGACCACUAG